AUUGACUGAGUAGCCGGCAUUAGAUCAAUUAAAUAGCUCGGGGGAGGUCUAAAAACAUGUUAAAAUGUACUUAUAUAUUUUUUACUGUGUUUGGUGGAAGAGACCCCUUUGCCACUUAAACUUUCCUGUUUCUCAGUCCUUCCGUGAGUCUACGAGACCCGUGUUCUCGGAGCCGAGCCUGGCCCUUCCUGCCGCGGGAGAGGAGGGAAGGCUGGCUACAAUAAACAUCAAUCAAGAUGUCCAGAAAAGGGAGCAGCACAGUGGCAAAACCAGACUUAGCUAAUGGAAGCAUGUCUAGCAGUCCAGAGGAGAUGUCUGGCGCUGAAGAGGGGAGGGAGACAUCCUCAGGCAUUGAAAUAGAGGCCUCAGACCUGAGCUUGAGCUUGACCGGGGAUGAUGGUGGCCCCAAUCGCACCAGCACAGAAAGUCGAGACACAGAUACAGAGAGCUCAGGUGAAGACAAGGACUCUGACAGCAUGGAGGACACUGGCCAUUACUCCAUCAAUGAUGAAAACCAAGUCCAUGAUCGCUCAGAGGAAGAGGAUGAGGAAGAAGAGGAGGAAGAAGAGCAUCCUCGGCGGCGUGUACAGCGCAAGCGGGCCAACCGUGACCAGGACUCAUCAGAUGAUGAGCGGGCCUUGGAGGACUGGGUGUCCUCGGAGACAUCAGCCCUUCCCCGACCUCGCUGGCAAGCCCUUCCUGCCCUUCGGGAGCGGGAACUGGGUUCAAGUUCCCGCUUUGUAUAUGAGGCUUGUGGGGCAAGAGUCUUUGUGCAGCGUUUCCGCCUGCAGCAUGGGCUUGAGGGCCACACUGGUUGUGUCAAUACCCUGCACUUUAACCAGCGUGGAACUUGGCUGGCCAGUGGCAGUGAUGACCUGAAAGUGGUGGUUUGGGACUGGGUGCGGCGGCAGCCGGUACUGGACUUUGAGAGUGGCCACAAAAGCAAUGUCUUCCAGGCAAAGUUCCUUCCUAACAGUGGUGAUUCUACCCUGGCCAUGUGUGCCCGUGAUGGGCAGGUGCGGGUAGCAGAGCUGUCUGCCACCCAGUGCUGCAAGAAUACGAAGCGUGUGGCCCAGCAUAAGGGAGCGUCCCACAAGUUGGCCCUGGAACCAGACUCUCCUUGUACGUUUCUAUCUGCAGGUGAAGAUGCAGUUGUCUUCACCAUUGAUCUCAGACAAGACCGGCCAGCUUCGAAGCUGGUGGUGACAAAAGAGAAAGAGAAGAAAGUGGGGCUGUAUACAAUCUAUGUAAAUCCUGCCAAUACUCACCAUUUUGCAGUGGGUGGACGAGAUCAGUUUGUAAGGAUUUAUGACCAGAGGAAAAUUGAUGAGAAUGAAAACAAUGGAGUACUCAAGAAAUUCUGUCCUCAUCACCUGGUGAACAGUGAGUCCAAAGCAAACAUCACCUGUCUUGUGUACAGCCACGACGGCACAGAGCUCCUGGCCAGUUACAACGAUGAAGACAUUUAUCUCUUCAACUCCUCUCACAGUGAUGGGGCCCAGUAUGUUAAGAGAUAUAAGGGCCACAGAAAUAACGCCACAGUUAAAGGCGUCAAUUUCUAUGGCCCCAAGAGUGAGUUUGUGGUGAGCGGUAGUGACUGCGGGCAUAUCUUCCUCUGGGAGAAAUCAUCCUGCCAGAUCAUUCAGUUCAUGGAGGGGGACAAGGGAGGCGUGGUAAACUGUCUUGAGCCCCACCCUCACUUGCCUGUGCUGGCAACCAGCGGCCUGGACCAUGAUGUCAAGAUCUGGGCACCCACAGCUGAAGCUUCUACUGAGCUUAUAGGGCUAAAGGAUGUGAUUAAGAAGAACAAGCGGGAACGGGAUGAAGAUAGCUUGCACCACACUGACCUGUUUGAUAGCCACAUGCUCUGGUUCCUCAUGCAUCACCUGAGACAGAGACGCCAUCACCGGCGCUGGCGAGAUCCUGGGGUCGGGGCCACAGAUGCAGACUCUGAUGAGUCUCCCAGUUCCUCAGAUACAUCGGACGAGGAGGAGGGCCCUGACCGGGUGCAGUGCAUGCCGUCCUGAGGCCUCGUACCCAGGAGGGGCGGGCUGGGGCUGCCAACCUGAUCCUGCCUGGGAGCCCUUUCCUGUCCUUACAUUCAGCUGAAACGCACUUUGGACUUUUUGCUUUAGAUAAAAGAAAGAAUCCCAGGAGGACAAACCAGAGAGGAGUGAACCUACAGAGUACCUAGGAGUGGGGUUGAGCCCUGGAAGGGGUUCCAUGGAAAGACUCGGUAGAAAUGGCCUCUCCCCAAAGCCUUUUGGGGGAGUAGGAAAGGGAGCCUAUUUUGUUACCUGGUUUGGGAUAAGGAGUGGGGUUUCCUUUUCUUUAAUCUCCCUUGUUUCUUGGGUGGGGGUUUGGGGAUAUAACUGGCUGUUCAGUACCAAGGAGCCAGAGUCGGGGUGGUAGAAGUUCCACUCUCUCUUUGGUUUAGGUUUUUGACCUUUUUUUCCUUUAUUGUUAAAAAACCUAUGACAGU